GUGCGAAGGAUCGUCUCGUACUGUGCGCGACAGAGGUCAUCUGAAGAGUAAUUAUGUCAACGGAGCGAAGGUAAAAAAACCCUCACAUCUCAGCGAACGGAAAAUGUGCGAUUGCGAAAAAGUGUGGGAAAAGUAGUGUGUUUUAGCGGAACGAACUGCUGGAAAACGCGGAAAAAUCACACGCGACCGAGAGGAGGAGCACGCCCGGAACGACACCGGCAACAGUGGAGCAAAGGCCGAUCAUAACGCAAGCGAAGUGGUGUUGGUGUGACCGUCGAGGAGGAGUAGUGCGUUUUUCGAAAUUCAAAUCUCGAAUCACGCCUGCCGUCACAGGGCCCGUGGAUCGAUUUCUGCCAUUCUUGCACGAGGCAAAGCAGCAGCCGCAGGCAGUUCCCCGUACGGGCAGUAUUCGGUGUGCGCACGAGUGUGUGAACGAGGCAAUGGUGUAUCGCAGGUGAAGAGCAGAGUGAGACAGAGCCAAACGAGCGCAGUUGGUAUUGAACAGCCGACCCCGACCGCACCGUCGAACGACUACAGACGAAGGUGGAGCCCCCUUUAGCCCGCUCCUCACACGUACGGCCAUCAGUGCAGUCCAGCACUUGCCUUCCUCGCUUGCUGCCGGUUCCCCGCAACACGCGGUUGAAUAGUGGGCACCCCCGUCUCCCCACACGCACACCAAUACAGCGCACGCACAUCUUUCCUGCUGAAAAGCAAAAGCGAGCGCGUGAGCGCGUGUGCGAGCAAUCAAAUCGGCGGGCACGCGGUUUUCUUCCCCGCGAGAGUGUGUACUGCGUGUGUGCGAGAGCGCGUGUGUAGUGGUGUGGCAGCAGUAGCAGCACGCGCCCGUGCGUCAGUGUUGGUGUGAGCUCUAGUGGCAGUUCUUUUUCCGCUUCCGAGACGGCGUUUUUUCGCUUUCGUCUUCUGAGUGGUAGCACGCGACGAGAUGGAGAACACGUCCUACGGAAUAAAUGUGGCGAAUCGCUACGAUCUGUUCUGCAUCGACGACGAUGAGGGCGAUCCGAUCGAGGCCAUCCUGAAGAGUAAACAGAAGCAGCAGAAAAAGCAGCAGGCGCAGCAGCAGCCAUCGCAGCAGCAGGGUGGUGCUGCCGCACCGGCCGCCCAGCCGCAGCAGGGCGGCAAGGCGACCGCAAAGGGCGGUGAGAAGGAGAACAAGGCGGCCGGUGGCGGUGCUGGUGGUGGUGGCCGCGGGGCCGAAAAUCGGCACCCGGACAAAUCGGACAACGCGAAGCACGCACAGACGAACGGAACCGGCAAUCAUUUACAUAAUCAGCGCGGCGGCGGCGGUGGUGCCGAGCGCCGAGGCAUCAAGGAAACGCAGAAAGAUAACAUCCGCAAUCAGGAGAACCAGCGCGGCGGCACUAAUCCGGGAGCUAAGUUCCCGCGUGGACCGAACAAGAGUGGUGGCCCGGUGGGCGGCGGCGGCGAGUAUCCGCGCAAGCCGCGCGAGUUCGACGGUGGCGAUGGGCAGCGAAAAUCGUACGCGCAGAACGGUGGCGGCGCUGGUGGCGCUGGUGCCGGCGGUGUGAAGCGGUUCGAUGGGCGCGGCAAGCGCGAGCUGGACCGCCAGUCGGGCUCGAACAAAACGGGAAUCAAGGCGGUGGACAAGCGGGACGGUGCCGGUUCGCACAACUGGGGCAGCUCGAAGCAGGACGCCAAGGAGUACUCGAACAACCCGGACCAGGACUUUCAGCCGCAGGACGCGGACACGAGCGCGGAAGCGAACGCGGAGCGCACGAACGUGAGCAACGGCGGCGAGGAGGCGGGCGCUGACGGGGCCGCCGCGGGCCGAUCGGACGACGAGGCGAAGGAGAUGACGCUGGACGAAUGGAAGGCACAAAAGGCGGCCGCGCGGCUGAAGCCACAGUACAACUUGCGCAAGGCGGGCGAGGGCGAAGACUCGAGCCAGUGGGACAAGAUGGUGGCCCUGGACCGGAAAACGAACCCGAAGGCGGAGAAGGGCGGCAACGCUGGCGCCGACGGUGGCGAGGAGGACGAUGGCAACGAUACUCACAACAGCGGCAAGCCGGCCGCGUCCGGCGGCGGUGGCGGCGGCAAGAAGCAGUUUUUGGAAAUUGAGUACCACUUCAACGACAGCCGUCGGGGUGGAUUGGGCCGCUCGAGAGGAGGUCGCGGCGGUGGCGGCCGGGGUGCCGGCGGUGGCCGUGGAAUGGGCCGCGAGGGUGCACCGGGCGGCGGACGGCGCGAGUACGGCGGCGGCGAGAACAACUAUCGAGGCGGCGAGGGCGGCGGCGAAGGUACCGGAGGCGGCCGAUACAACAACUACGAGGAUCGCGGCGGCGAGGGAGGCGAGCGGCCACAGCGGGACUACAACCGGCGCAACAACCGGCCGCCGAUGGGUGGUGGUCCGGACCGGAACUACGAGGGCGGCAUGAACAACACCAAGUACAGCAGACCGAACCCGCGAUCGGCCAAGCAGCAUGCUCCGGCUGCGCCGAAGGUGGACGACGAGCAUGACUUCCCGUCGCUCGGUUAAAGUGAGGGUGCGCCCUAACUACGAAGAAGAGGAAGAAGUGGCGGUGUUGGGCGUUCGAGCGGGAAGCGGUGGAUCCAGCUCAUGCGGGCUCCCCUCGGCGCCGCACCACCUUCUUGGAGAAUGUUAGGUUACGAGCCGUAUAUACACAUACACAUACACAUACGCAUAUGUCGCGCACGCACGCACGUUCAAUACAAGCGCAAGAGGAGGGAGCAUGGAGGGACGGAACGGGAGAGUGAAUGUCGAUGAAUACUAGAUUUAUUUUUUGAAUCGUAAUCCCCUCCCCCUCCCGCCCCAUUUUACCGACACACUUACACGUGUUGCUUGAGGGAAAUAAGUUAGUUUAACCUGAGUUUUGUGUGUGUGUGUGUGCGUUUGAUGUGUGAGAGUGAGGAAUUCAGAAGUGAAGGAAACACAGAUAUGCUGCCAGUGCUUUAAUCAGUCGUGUGUCGUGCGUGAAUUCUCUAGCUUCCUCCCCCCGCCCCUCCCUCCCUGCCCUCUCUUCAUCAUAUACAACAGCAGUAAUAUGAGAAAACAUUUGAAGCACACAUUUAAAAAAGAACAGAGAGGGUUGUUCCUAUAUUGAAAGGCAGCAUUAAUUGCGCUUUAGUUUAGCUACUGAAUGUCGUUCUACUAUUACUACAUGAACGGAAAACAUCAACUAUAGAGACACGUGUUUGUGUGUGUGAGCAAGGAAUGUUAAAAUAAUGGCAGGCCAUCAUCAAAGAGAAACGAAGCAAAUAUCAAUUCACCUCGAACCACAACAACACCACCCCCAGUUGAAUGUUUUGUUUAUUAUUUUGUUUUUGCAACAAUCGAUCUGUGCGCUCUCCCAUGUAUUUGUCCUUAAUAGUCAUCUGCUUCUUCUUGUUAUCGUUAGUCGGUAAUGAGUGAACGUUUGAGGAUGAUGGGGGACCGAUCCCGUUCUGAACGAUCGCGGCAGAGCUGCGCUGUGCGUGUUGCGCGUGCUGUGUAUGUGUAUGUAGGAAGAGUUGGAGGGAAGUUUGAUCAUCUUGGGGUCCCCGUUUUGUGGAGAGGGGCCUCUCCCCAUUAAUAGUCUGCCGUACUUUAGCGUGUUGUUUCGUGAAUUUUUGAAUUUUUGAAGCCAACGUGCAGAACUAUUAUCCGAAGUGCGCGCGCGCCCCAGGUUUCAUCGUCGUGCGUGUGUCGUUCGUCCCUGGCAAAUCGGUAUUUUACUACUUCCCGAAUUUGCUCAUUUGAACUUUUAAUUUUGUUUUGCAAUAAUACUAUCGUUUGAAUUUAAUCUUUUCCCUACUUUUCGCCGUUGUUUGCAAACACACGCGGGAAAGUAUUCGCUUGUAAUAAGCUGUCGAGUGGGAGGAAGAGGAGGGGGAGGGGGGGGAAGAAGGUGUCUUUUUACAUAUUAAUCUUACGAUUGUUCCGGUGUUUAUGAAUUCGUUUUACUACUUGAAACAUAACAAAUAACUAGCAAUGAAUACACACACUCUCUCUCGCGAUGGCGUGGAAUGGAAGGCAGGGGUGUGUACGAUCGAAUUGCUGGCUGGACGCUGGUGAACGAUUUGCAAACACAGGAAACUAAAACAACCUUAAUAUACAUACACAAGAGUAUAAAUACACAAACAAAACCAGCGAGCAAAGUUGUGCUACCUACUUCCUUGAUUGAUGAUGAUAGUAAGCCCCAAGAACGCGAGUCUAGCGCAAGAGGUAAUGCACAUGAUAAGGGCUGCGACUAAAGGCGCGUAAACAUGAAUCAGUGUGCGUGUGUGUGUUUGUAGUCUCGAAAGGUGGGACCUCACUCUGCCGAUCGCGAAACGGAGGUUAACAACGUGCAGAACAGCUAAUGAAUAUAGGAUGAGGAGAAGGAGAACACAACGAAACGAGAGCACGUUGCGUCGAUGCUUGUGGUGUGCGUUGAUUGGCGAUCGCGCGAAUGAAGCGCUUGCGCGCUUUCUUAUUUGACAAUUUUCUUACAUUAAUUUUAAUCAUUAUCUCUAACGCGCUUGAGAGAAGGCAUCAUCAUUAGACGGUGGUGUGUUGAAGUGAGGGCCGUCGGCAUGUAUUUUUUUUCUUCAAAUUAACUAGGUUUGUUUUUCCUUUUUCUGCAAGAAUUGCUUUUGUUAAGAACCGAUGGCGGCGGGCACGGCGGUAGCAAAUGGCGGACGCGGACGUAGCUCCCUGUCCCCGGCACUGUAACCUACAUGCACAGGAGAGCAAUAAUAUCAUCUCAAAGUGUGUGUCCUGUGCCCUCAAAAACCGGAGGGGUGUUCCGCGAUCGGUCGAGACCGCGCGCUGUGUGUAACGUCUGAGUAGUGGAAAGGAAUUUGGAAAAGCGGGAAAAGGACGAACUAAGAAUAAUCAAACUUGCGAGAACACAUUUUUUGUACUGCAUUAUGCCCUUAAGUAAUAAAACAACCUUGUUUAAGUGUAGUUCAAGCUGCGUUGGCUGGGUUUGUAGGGGGGGAAGCGAGCGAUAGUGAAGUGUGGUGAUUUCCAUGAAUUUUUACACGAACGAAAAACGCCCGAUCGGAAUGAUACUCGAAUGGGGUCGGGGCGGAAGGAGGGUGUGUGAUGCACGGUGGUGCGAUGCGGCACGGUGCAGCAGAGCUCGUCCGAUCGUCGCGGGGAUCGUUGUGGGUGGGUUGGGACCGGUUGGUUACAAAAAUAGCAACAUAAACGACAAAAAAGGCCCACAAAUGAGAUGUGUGCUGCACACACACACACGCUGGGGCCCACAGUGAGAAGAUUGAAGAUGGCUGUACGACACAUAAAGAAAAGCCGGUAAAAUGUGCGUGUGGGGGUAUAAAAGAGCGGGGAAUGUGGGGGGAUGAUCGUCAGCCAACAGCAAUACACAGUACAGCAUUUACAGUACAGAGAAAAAUGUGCAAUUGUAUUGUGAGAUCGCGCCGAAGAUAUGUUUGCUCACGCGGGGCAGGGAUGGAGGAAUGAACCAAACCAAACUGAUUAUAUAUCGAGGACGUAGAAGAAAACGAAACACUGACACAGAAAAGCCCUUUACCAAUAUAGUAGUGCGGAAGGAAAACCCAAACAAUAAUGAAAGAAACAUGCAAUAGAGAGUCCGAUGCGCGUAUUCUCCUCCUCGUGAGCCGCUGCCGCCGGGUGAUACAGACACUCACUUCACCGUUUCAAAACGUAAUAUUCCCUUCGUCAACGGGGCGGGAAAGAAGUCGCGUCGGUGCGAGGAAACAAAAAAAAAAGAGAAGAAAGAUAAUAUUAGUCGUUAAGAAGGCAAUGAUGGCAACACAUAACUUGCUACUACUAGCGUUUCUUUCCAUGCAUUUCACACACACACGGCAGCAGAGAGCACAGUACCUUCGGUGGGUCUCCUGGCUGCCGGGUGGGUGAAACAAAUUAAUCCACUAAUAAAGGAAUCCCGCCUGGUUGUGCGGGGAAAAGAAAAGCAAACAAAAAACUA